AUGAUUGAGGAGCUGUGCUCAGUCUCUUCCUCUCCUUCCUUGGACAGCUUACCUGGAGCCUUUCACAAGGUCGGCAGCACACUUGACACAUCGGUAGGAGAUCUACACAACACGGCAGCUCAGCACCGAAUCGUGGGGAACGACCACAACAGCAGCAGCAGCAGCAGCUAUUCUGGCUCCUCUGUGCUCUUCGACCUGUCUGACAACCAGUCAGAUGUCUUGCGCGCCCUGUCAAGAGGGGUACAGCUCAAGGAAAACCAGCAGCCACUGUUAGCGCUUCAAAGCAGCCAGGCAGGUGCCGCGCUGGUGCCCCUGGAGAAGAACAGCUUUCAGGAUGUGGCUGAGAGGGAGCAACUUGUGGCCAGAUGGGCCACUCAUGACAGUGCACAGGCAGUGCUGGAUGUGGCUUAUGCAACCGAGAGGGCUCUGCAGGAACUGGAGUUCGAAAUGCAGCUGCAGGGGCCGGGCACUCCUAUGGUGAGGCUAGAGGAGGCAACGCAGCAUGCCGGGCACCUGCAGGAGGCAAACCAGGCGCUAGCGGAGGAGAGGGAUGCGCUGAGCCAGCAGCUGAGUCACCAGCGAUACAUUGAAGCCCAGCAAGCUGCGCAGAGCCUUGAGGAGGCACGCGCAGCUGCCGCGCAGCUGCAUGCACAGAAUGCGCAACUUCUGGACGAGCGCGGGCAGCUGCUCCAUGCCCUGGCAGCUGCCCGGCAGCAGCUGCAGCAGCAGGCUGCGGGUGAUGCGGAGAGACAGACGCUGAUGCGCCGCGCGGCCGACGCCGAGAAGGCCACUUGUGCGCUGUUGGAGCAGCAUGCUCGGGAGGCGGCCAUGCUAGGGGAGAGGCAUAGGGCUGGGAUGGAACAUCUGCAAGCGCUGAGGGAAGCUGAGUCACAGCAUGCUCAGCGUGCGGAGCAGGCGCUGACAUCAGCGCGGCAGGAGCUUAGUCAGCGGGCCGAGCGCUGCGCUGAUCUGGAGCGCGCGCUUGAACAGGCGACCGCUGAUGCGCGCGCCGCGGCUCAGCGGGAGCUCACUGAUGUCAGCGCACAGCUGGCGGCCGAGAGGGAACGCAGCGCUGCAGCCGAGCGCGCCCGGGAGGCGGCGGCCGCCAUAGCAAAAAUUGAAGCGGAUCGGGUGAAGUGCGCGCUUGAAAAAGAGAUCCAGCAGAUCAGAGCUGCAGCAGCAGCCGAAUUUAAAGAAGAAGCCAACGCUGCCAAGGACAGAGCCAUCCAACAGGAGAGGCUUGCUCAUGAACAAAAGCUGCAAAAGGUCAGAGAGGCGGCUAAAGCAGACCUGCAAAGAGCGCUGGCGGCAAAAGAUCGCGAAGCGCAGAAGAGCACCGAGACGAUUGUCAAGCUGGAAGCACUGGCACGCGCUGAGCGGCAGAAAGCGGCCGCUGCCGAGACGCGCCUUGCUACCGAGCAAAAGAGGGCGGAAGCUACGUUGGAAGCCGAGCGGGCAGUUUCCCGGCAGGCGGCCUGCGCAGCUUCUACCGGAGUCAGCGAGGCGCGCCGCCACGCGAGCAAUGAGGCGCACCGGCUGAAGACGCGGCUGGCCGCUGCUGGCAAAAAGGCCGCCGAUGCCCGGGAGGAGGCCAACGCUCUGGCUGUUCGGCUACAGGAGUCGGAGGUGGCGAGGCAGGAAGCUGCGGCAGAUCUCCAGCGCUGCUACGAGGAAGCCGCCUUGCUGCAGGCGCAGCUGUCCUCGCUGGCGGCCAGCUGCCGGGAAGGCGCCGACUGCCGCGUACAGCGACUAAUCGCGCAGCUGCAGCAAUGCAGCGACGGCCUGCGCAAGAUUCACGCCUGCGCACAAGAAGCCAUGCUCGAAGAGAGCAUUAAUCCCUCUGACGACGGCACAGUGAAGGACCCCAGUCCUCUGACUGUGGCGCGGGCAGACAGUCAGCAAAAUCCUAUCCAUUGCGGCGAGGCCCAGAUUUGGGUGCGGCCAGAAGAAGACGGGGAUGACACAUUAGCGUCGGCCGUCGAGGCCGUUAUGGCGCUGGCUGAGCUGGCAAAGCGCGCACAGCGGGAAGAGGUACAGCAAAGGGAGCGGGCCGGGGCUGCCGAGGCGGCGCUGCAGCAGCAGAGGCGGGCAGUGCAGGAGGCGCGCGCGCGGUCGGCCGCUCUCGAGAUCCGCGCGGCCGAGGCGCAGCGCGGAUUCGCCGACCGGGCGGCCGCCGCCGAUGCACGGUUUGAGGAGCUGCUGCGGCAGGCAGGCGCGCUCCUGUUCAGUGCACAACUGUACCCGUAUUUUGGGCGGGCGGAGACUGCUCGUCUCCAAAGCGAGGCCGCCGCGCUCGAGCAGCGGCUGGCUGACGGCCUCUGCAUCAAUCUCGCCACCACCGCCGCCGAUGCAGGCGCGGCUCGCGACGCCCUCGCUGCAACAGACGCCGCUGCCGCGGACGCGGCCGCCGCCCGGGACGCCCUGGCUUCGGCAGAAGCUGCCGCGGCCGGCCGGGCGGCCGAGGUCGAGGCGCUCUCCAGCCGGCUGGCAGCAGCGGAUGCGCGUGAAGCGGCGCGGCAGGAGGAGCUCGCGCGGACCGAGGCGCAGCUCGCCGGCGCACGUGAGCGGCUGGCCGCGGCCGAGGCGGCCCGGGCCGACGUGGGCGCGCGGUCGCUGCUGCAGGCGCAGACGGCGCUGCUCAAGGCGGAGGGCCGCCUGUCGGAGCAGGCCGCCGAUAUAAACCGCUUGCAACAGCGGCUGGCAAUGGCCAAUGCUGAUGCCGGGACCAUACAGGCACUGAAAAUCGACUUGGAGGCGGCGGAAAGCAGGGCGUCGGAACAGAAGAGUGAGCUGACAAAGCUCAGACACGACCUGUCAGAGACGGAGGCAAAGUGUGCAGAUGCAUGGGACUUGGAAAGGCAGCGCAGACAGGAUAAUGAAACGCUGGAGGCUGACAUGGAGGCUGCGAGAGAUCAGCUCGCAGCAGCAAAGAGCCGGCAGCAAGCUCUUCUGGCCGAUGUUGCUCUGCUCACGGCGGCCGUUGAAGCCUCAGCAUCUCUCCUUGAAGCCACACUGCAGCCCGGUCUCGCAUCGGCUAUCGUUCUCCCGGAAGCCGCCGUCGGUGACCCACCAAAUGUCUUAGGCACCACUACUGAAGAAAAUUCACACCCGGAAGGGGAAGUAGAGAGUGCACAGGACGUGGAAGCCACAGCCGCCAGAGUGAGAAAUGCAGCGCAAUCAGCGACGGCGCAGAUCGCGGCGCUGCGCGCAGAUCUGGAGUCCACCGCCUCCGAGCGCGAACGCGCGGCAGCCACGGCGGUUGGCCUGGGGCUGGCGUUGGCGCGUGCCGAAUCGGAGGCGGCCGCGGCGGCGGCUGAGAGCGACAGGGAACGCGCGGAGACGGAGCGGCGGCUGCGCGAGGGGAGAAAGAAGAUGGAAGAGUUGGCGGCCGCGCUGGAAGGGUGCAGGGUGCUGCUGCGGCAGUCGCAGGAGGAGGGUGUGAAUUUGCAGGCCACCUGUGAGUUGCUGCGGGAGCGGCUGCAGACCGCUGAGAAGCGCGCCGGCAAGGCAAGCACACUAAGUGGAUUAUUUCAGGCAGCUGAGCUGAAGGUGGCGUUGGAGGCUGCACACAAAGAGGGGGAGGAGGCCCGGGGCCGCCUGUCGGAUGCUGACAAGGCGCUGAGUCAGGCAAGGGCUGAGUCAGUGCGCAGGUGCAGCCAGAACAGGACACUCCUCGGCAAGCUGGCGGCUGCACAGGAGCGGGCAAAAAAAGCAGAGGAGGUUGCAGAGAGCAGCAAGCUGCACAUUGCUGAGCUGGACGCACAGCUGGCACAACUCCAGGACACUGUGAAACGGCUGCAGCACAAUUGCAAAUUGCAGGAGAGCCAUAUUCCGGCACAUGCCCUGCAGAUGCUGGAGGCCGCAGAGGGGUCCCUGGUGGAGGCCCGGCGGGCGGCGGUGGCCACCGCAGAGCGGGGGGACCGGCUGUCGGCCGAGCGCGACGCCGCGAUGCGCCAGGUGGCGGCGCUGCAGGCCGCGCUGGCCGGGUUGGAGGCAAGGGAAGCUGCGCUGAGCUGGACGGCGCAGCAGCUGCAGCACAGCGCAGCGCAGAGAGAGGACCCCCGGGGGACCGCAGAAGGGCCAGGGGAAAUAUGCGGGGGUGAUCAUGCCGAUUGCUCCAGCUGCGCUGCCAAGGCCGAGCGCAUCUCUGAGCUGAGGUGA